GACAACAUUAAUACAAGUCUGACCUCCACAACGUUAUCUCAAAUCGGUGCUUAAGGGAUACUUUGGCCAUUUUAUCGCAAACGAAUCUCACUAAGUUUAAUAAUCCCCAACGGCUACAUUAAAUGAAAAAUGGAAAUUAUCAAUUAUCUGAUCGUUUUUAUACUUUAAGAAUAGGAAAUUAUGGGAUCAAUUAUUAUACUUAGAAAAAAGGGAAAUAACCAAAAUCUAUAAAUAAACCCUAAUCCUUCGCUAAAAUCACUUGCACUUGUCUUUCUCUCUUCGUUACUCAAACUUCUCUUCUCUGUAUUUUGCAGCAAACAACAACAACAAUGGAUUCUUCUUCUUCGAGAAACAAGAAGGUCAAAUUGUCAGUGAGAAAGCAAACCCUUUUCAAGAAAUCAUCGACCAAUUUGUUGAUGAGACAGGAGACGAUUCUGAAAAAAGCUGGCGAGCUCUCCACUCUCUGCGGUAAUGAAAUUUGCGUUAUCCAUUAUGAUCGUGUCGGUAACCUCGUCAGAACUUGGCCCGAAGAUGAGUCCCAAGUCCAAGACAUUGCCCAAAGAUAUAGCCAACUCAGGGACGAAGAAAAACAAAAGAAGAGCACCAAUCUUUCAAAGUUCGUGAACAAGAAGAUGCACGACGAGAAGAAGAGAUCUCCAAUUGAAUUCUCACAGAAAGUGCAAGAUCUUGAAGGUUCCUUGGUAUAUAAGUUACAGCUAUUACGAGACAUGAUGCUUCAUGACGAUCAUCACGCCGAGCCAGAUCAGAGCAUUACGAAUCUUCUCAUGAAUGGUUCAACAAGUACCGAGCAAGACCUGAGUCGUGGUGAUGUUUACAACUCCACUGCAACCGGUUCUUUGAAUCAUCCGAGUAAAUAUUCAAUCUUUAUGUUUAACCAUGAAAACGCUACUUUAACACAAUUGCCUCACUCAAGCCUUGACCAAUCCUUGAUUCCCUCUUGUUACAACAAUCUCAAUGACAGUAGGACUUUGCUUGGGACACAAGGCUUCAACGACAACAGCAAUCUCAGUACUACGCAAGGCUUCUUCAACUUUGGCUAUGACAACAAUGCUUUACCUGGGGAACAAGUUAACUUUGGAUACUACAACAGUCUUCUUGGUACACAAGGGUUUGGUGGAUAUAACAACAAUCUCAACUAUACGCAAGGCUUCAACAAUCUUUGUACAUGAUGGUGUGAAGUUGUAUCAGCCUGACUUCACAUUCAAACUCUUAUUGAUCACAGCACAACUGCUUCAUCCUAUUAUUCCAUUGCGUAUUAAUCCUUGUGCUUAUGUUCUUAUGUAUACAUAUAUUCUUCAUUCAAGUCCAUUUUUCUGUAAUAUAUGAUGACUAAUCUCAUUACUCCUUUUGUUACACAAUUAUAAUAUAACUUUUAGGAUCACAUCGAAUUUUAUUUUCAUCCAACCAA